AUGUCAGACAAUUCUGACGACGAAUUAAAUAGUAAUGAUGAUCACGAAAAAACACCGUGGACAUUAUAUAAAGAUCGUGUUGAAUGGAAUGAUAUAACUCCUAUACCUCAGGAUGAUGGUCCUCAUCCUGUUGUAUCCAUUGCAUAUUCCGAAAAGUUUAAGGAUGCCUAUGAUUAUUUCCGUGCCAUUCUAAAAUCGAGUGAAAAGUCAGAACGUGCAUUAGCUUUGACAGAAGCCUGUAUAUGGUUUAAUCCAGCCAAUUAUACUGUAUGGGAAUACAGAAGAGAGAUACUUAAAACUUUGGCAAAAGACUUACACGAAGAACUAAAAUAUACAGAUCGAAUGAUAAAAUGUAAUUCUAAAAAUUAUCAAGUUUGGCAUCACAGAAAGGUCAUAGUAGAAUGGUUACAAGAUCCUAGUGAAGAAUUAGCAUUUAUAGAAACCGUUUUAUAUAAAGAUGCAAAGAAUUAUCAUGCUUGGCAACAUCGUCAGUGGUGCAUACAAACAUUUAAUUUAUAUGACAAGGAAUUGGAAUAUGUAGAACAGUUGUUAAAUGAUGAUGUUCGUAAUAAUUCUGCUUGGAACCAGCGCUAUUUUGUUAUAAGUAAUACAACAAAGUUUGAGCAAGAAGUAAUAGAUAAGGAAGUUGAUUUUACAUUGGAAAAGAUUGAGUUGGAAAAAGGAAAUGAGAGUGCUUGGAACUAUUUAAGAGGAAUAUUAUCACAUCAUAGUAAAGGUUUAGGUUAUAAUGAGAAAGUAAGACAUAAAUGUGAAAAGAUGUACAAAGAAGGAUGCCGUACUAAUCAUUUAUUGGCCUGUAUGAUUGAUAUUUGUCAAGAAAGUUGUCCAUCAGACGAAACCUUAUCUCCGUUAUUUCAUAUUAAUUUUGCAUACGAGCUAUGCAAGGAUUUAUCAAAAAAAUAUGAUACAAUAAGAUGGCGAUAUUGGGAUUAUGUGGCUAAUCAGCUAGCAGUAAAAUUGAAAACAAAAUCUUCAGAUUAA